ACAGUGUGUGAAGAAAAUCGACGCAGCAAACGUUACGACCUGUCCUAUCGACGGACUGAAAUGAGAUACAAACUGUUGUGGAGUUAUGCCGUCGUCCUUGUCGCAGUUGUCGCUUAUUUCUUAGUAAAGCUCGGCAGCUAUCGCGAUUGGUCCGCGGCGAGCAUUGUAUAAGCGGUCGUCGCGCGAUUUCCUCUCGCGAUGCGCACGUACGGUGUGUAAAGUUUUGUGUACCGGCCGAAAGAAACAUUUCGUCCGCUGCUUGACACGACGUUUCGGCCAUCGCAUUGUUAUCCGUAACGAUUUCGGCGGCUCGUGCAUCGUCCGUGUUACAUAUAUUUUUCUCGCGAACACGGCCGUGCAGCCUUUCAUUCGCACAGUAUCGAUUCGCGGGUGGCAAGUUUACAACCGGCGUGCUCGGUGUGUCGUGACUAAACAGAUAGUAGGCCUGUGAUUGCCAGAUACGUGUACUGCUAGACUAGUGCCCGACAAUAUCGCGCCGCGUACAUGGAAUGCAAACGCAAUGAAUAUCCUAAUGUGGCGAAACUGAUGCAAACGCCGAAACGAUCGGGACCUAACACGCCCGAGGAGAUCGAUAGCGGAUCCCAGAAAAAGGAUCCUAACGCUACAAGUGACGGAAAUGGAUCGGUGACACCGAACUCAUGCGAUGGCCAAUUAUGUAAAUUUCUUUCAACCGGAAGGUCCGGUAGGAGAAAUGCAAUAACCGACAUGUUGGCUUGUCAUGCUGAACCUGGAUUAGUAGAUUUGCCAGACCGUUUCGAGGAUCUCUCUGUGAACAUAGAUCAGUCAAACGCGGGCGUUCAAGAUCCAAACGCACCGAGUACAUCGAAACAACAAGGUUGAAGAGAAUCUAUAUUUUCUCCGUGAUUUUCUCAAUCUCUACAUCGACGACAUACACCGUCGGUAUAAACAAUACCGUAAAACGUAUUUAUGAAUAUACUACGGAGGUAGUUGUUGAAAGUACCGACGCUCUAUCGCUCGGUAUGAAACUUUUGCGCAUGAUUAUGGGUCCGCAGUGCGAUGAAUCCUAAAUUUCGAUGCGUAGGCACGUAAUGCGUUGUUCGAACGCAUUUUUGUGUAAGGUACAGAAUUGUAAAUUGGAAUGAGAGGUUGGUAGUUACUGACGAGGCUCAGUAAUACCAGCAAUGAAUAAGAUGCAUUAGAGCACUACGAAUAGUAUACGGAGCCUAGUUGAUAGAGGUUUCUAGACGCCGAUUUUAUUGGUAGCUGUUUGUUGUAAAUAUGUUGCCUAACGUUUAUAAUUUCUAUUUUAAUAGACUACACAGUGAAAAAACAAUCUUGAUACGAGAUGUAUUAAAUUUUUAGCAUUGAACCGAUGAGUCCGAUUGUAUGAAGGAGAUUCGGGUAAUCAUGAAGUGUACGAAUUUUUGAUUUACAAUAAGGUUUUAUGAUUGAUGAAUUCGAAGUAAAUGAUAAUAGUAACAGCAAAAUAUAAAUUACUGCUACCACAUCUUAAUUGAUUUACUUUUUCCGUGAUUUUAACCAAAUUUUGUAUUCUUUCAUGCAAAGUUCCUAGACUUGGCAUUCCUUAGAAGCAUUCUAUUUUUUAUCACGCUUUUCUGUCAAGUAUCAAUUUAAUUUGAAAUAUUGAAGGCAGGUGUGCAAAUAAGUUUUAUAUCUCAAUGCUGAGAGCAAAUGAUAAUUUUAG